AUGUUUAGGUAUUUAAUCCUGGAGCAUGUUAGCGGUGGCGAAUUGUUUGACUAUUUGGUAAGAAAGGGUCGAUUACCCCCGAAAGAAGCGCGACGAUUUUUCCGUCAGAUUCUUUCCGCUCUCGAUUACUGCCAUGCGCACAAUAUUUGCCAUAGGGAUUUGAAACCGGAAAAUCUUCUCCUCGAUGACCGGAGCAACAUAAAAAUCGCUGACUUUGGUAUGGCAUCGCUUCAAGUGGAGGGAGCAUUGCUAGAAACGAGCUGCGGGUCUCCGCACUACGCCUGCCCCGAAGUGAUCAAAGGUGAAAAGUACGACGGUAAGAAGGCGGAUGUAUGGAGCUGUGGAGUUAUUCUUUAUGCACUCUUGGUGCUUAGUGAAAUUUUUCGUCAUCCUUGGGUUGUUGGGAACUCAAAGUUUGAACCUGAGCAAGAGCUACCCAUGGCUCAGCUUGUGCAGACACAUGUCAUUCCUUCUGAAGAAAAUAUAGACCCUGAUGUUUUUCGGCAUAUGAACAGCUUAGGGUGCUUCAGAGACAGCGAAAAGCUUAUUCAGGAGCUGCUCAAUCCAAAGCACAAUACAGAAAAAAUGGUGUAUUUCAUUUUGCUAGACCGGAAACAUAGAAAACCGGCAUGUGACGAUGAUGUAGAAGUCAUUCAGAGACACUGCAAAAAUGGGUUCGACCCUCCGCGUAAAAGAACGGACACAACAAGUAGUGCGAGAUAUGCAGUUGGAAUUCUUAGCGAGGGCUCUCCGGUGAACGUUCGCAAAAGAUUUAGCGGAGUAUGA